AUGGACAUCGCCAACCCACGAAGAAUACUGGCUGUCUCGCUCGAAGACUCGCAGCAGCACCUGAGCAAGCUUGUCAAAGAUCUCACCGGCAGUGCGCCACAGCUGGUGUCUACAACCUUGGCGGGGACUACGCACUCUCUCGAUCUCAAGACCGCGUAUUACUCAGCAUCUGUGCCUAUCUGGCUAGACCUUGUGUCGAGUCCGACAGAAUGGGCGGCGUCCUUUCUUGCACCAGAAGCUAAGGAGGUAUUGAACGUGCUUGGAGGAGUGAUAGUGGUCUUUUCUUUGCCCAUCGACCCCCACUCGGACGAGGGCAGAACCGCCAGAGAGCUGAUACAAAACGUCGGCAAGGUCGUGAAAGAGGGACUGGGUGGUUGGUCCUGGGAUGGAGUUGGGCUCUGCUUGGGCAUUGGGGAGAUUGAUGACGUGGAAGAGUGGGAUGAGUGUGCCGCUGAAAGCGGUCUCGAGUUCGUGCAGGUUCGCGCGAAAGAAAGUGAGACGCGGAAUGAAUUCGGUGAAAAAACGGGCAUCCCAAGAGCCCGUGAAGCACUGGAGGCAAACGAUUGGUCAUACGAUGGCGGUGAUUUGGAUUCCGACUUUGGGGAUUUUGAGACCUCCCUAGACGAUGAUGCUGGGCCUGACGAUGCUCUUGGUGCCCAAGGCCCAGUGCUCGACCCGGAGAAUCUGGACUUUGGGUUUGAUAGAGAGGACUUCGCCGGCCUGAAACGUGCCAUUUGGAAUUCUGGGAAGGAGGACGACGAAAUAUUCAUGGACGGCGAGGCGAGCAAACAUCCACUUGAGGAGAAAGCCAAUGAAGAGGAUGCCAGGUUAGACGACAUCGAAAUCCAGAAGCUCGAGGGCAUGAUGCGCAAGCUCCAGGCUGUGAGAGACAUGAGUGCAGGUCUCCCAGAGGAGCAACGGAAACGAAUGGCCGCGAAGGCUGUGAAUGAAGUUAUGAAGGAUCUAUGA